AUGAUCGUUCUUAUUGUUCUGAUAAUCAAAAAGGAAGGUCCAAUAGUCCAAGUCGACAUAGGUCACGUUCUCAUGGUAGGUCCUCCUAUAGAUCAAGUCGAUAUAGAAUUGCCUAACACGCGUCGAAUACAAUCAUCCCAAUCAUCUAAUACAUCUAAUACACAUCCGUCUAAUAUACAGCCAUCUAAUACAAAGCCGUCUAAUGUACAUCCAUCUAAUACAUCCAAUAAACAACAGUCUAAAUCAUAUAAUACACAACCAUCAGAUACUCAAAUUACAAAUACAGUAAAUGCAAUAAAUACACAAUCAUCUGAUACAAAUGCUAAUUUGCCAUCAUUCGUUAAUCCUCAAAAGACAAGAACCAUAAAAAGAAGAAUGGAUGAGAAGUCACGAUCGGUAGAGGAUCAUAGUGAUUAUUAA